AUAAGGAAGCAGCCAAAGAUAGACUAUAUAAAUACAGUCCAUUUACCAGUAAGUAUAAAACUCACUGUUGUACACAACAUUCUAACACAGGAUUCAAGAUGACGUUGUUGCUUCUACUGGUUAUGCUGACAGUAUGUGCUGCCAUUCCUCAAGAUCUGUCAGAUAAAAUGUUCACCUUCCCACAAGAAACCAACACAGCUCAUGUGAGGCUGACUACAUCAAGACAGAAUUUGCGGGCAGUAACCGUCUGUCUCAGGUCCUUUACAGACCUUCGUAGAGACCACGUCCUUUUCUCUUUGGCCACACCCUCUGCUCCCAAUGAAUUCCUGAUUUACAAGGUUGCUGCAAAUGAUGAGAUUGACCUCUAUACCAGGAAUAAUAGGGGAAAUUUUAGAGGGCAGGACUACAAACUGAACAUGUGGCACUCAAUUUGUUCCACAUGGGACUCUACGUCUGGACUGGCACAGGUGUGGUUUGAUGGAAAGCCCUCGAGUAGGAAAUUCAUCAGCUCUGGAUCGAACAUCAACGGGCCCAUUAUAAUUGUUUUUGGACAGGAGCAGGAUUCCCACGGUGGGGGAUUUGACAUUAAUCAGUCUUUCGUUGGCAUGCUGUCUGAUGUCCACAUGUGGGACUUCACCCUCCACCCCUGUGAGAUCCAGAACUACAUGGAUGAUCUAAACUUCACCCCAGGAAAUGUGCUCAACUGGAGGGCGCUGGAGUUCCAGACCAUAGGAAGAGUGCUGAUAGAAGAUAAGCAAAUGACCUGUCACUAAACAUUUGGAACAAAACUGUCAAUGUCUUGCAAAGUGAAAAAUCAGGUUUAAAAAAGUCAAUAAAAAAAUAUAAUUAUUAUUAUUAUCUUUUGCUUUAUUUGUUUUUCAGAUCAUUGCAAAACAAUGAUUUUUUUUAAACUUUACUAAUGAGUGUUUCGCUGACCUUUUGACUAUGUGUUGCCAGCAUUAAUUGUUUGUGUUCACUCGUAUUAAUAGUGUGAGAUAAUUAAUCCAGUCAAAGCUAACUUUACUUAGUGAAUUCACGUGAAUUCUCAGUGGUCUAAUUUGUGACUGCUUUUAAUAGUUGUAUUUUAGGCAAGAUCAACAUAUCUUUCCUGCCCAACAUUUAAGUUGUUUAAUAACUUCUGUUGCUCAACAAGUAGCAAAGCUCAACAAUGAAAUGUUAUCAGUAGGAAAUUGUAAAUAAUAAAUUGGAUAUCAUGUAAACACUUCA